UAUAUACAUUAAAAAGCACGAUGUUUUGUGGUUCCAAGCGUUGUGUUUAACUGUAGUGAUGCGACGUUUUCAACUGAACUGCUAUCCAAUCCUAGUCGAGGAGGCGGGGCUUUCCGGAAUACGGGUGUGGGGAACAAUAACACUAGCCGCCACACACUUUUAAAACGAACAAGACGUCCGUUGCUCACUGUCUCCCUCUGGUGGUGCGGCGUAAUUUUGCAGUUUCAGUUUUUGAGCCAUUUCACAAAACUUGCCAAACCUCUGGCUUUUAACCAGGUUUCAAACUCAUUUACUUUAAAUAAUCGAUUUAUCUUAGUGUCACUGUGGAUCCUGAGCCUUUCCCUAGAACACUGACCUACAUCCUGAAUGGGAACAGCACCAUUGUGAGGUGGGAGGAAACAAGAGAACCUGGAGGAACAUUGACAUACACCAAGUGUACCACCAUCCCACCAUAAGCAGACCUACACACACACACGCCACACCCCAGACUUACAACUCCACGACUGAACGAGUUCCACACCAACCUCCUCACCUGCUCCAUCUCGCAGCAGCCAUGAGCAGCCGGAAGCAUGUAAGCACCACGCGUAAGGUAGUGAACUUCAGCAGUCGCUCUCUCGACUCUCACGCCGGUUCUGAAAGGACUAUACCACGCCUGGGGAACUCGUACUUUGGGUUCGGGAACCAGGAUGCUCGGGGGUCAUCCGUUAACGCCUGGGUGACAGACAGGAGCCUCCUGGAGCCGCUGCAGCUCGACCUGGACCCGAACAUACGUGCAGUCAAAGUGCAGGAGAAGGAACAGAUCAAGACUCUCAAUGAUCGCUUUGCGUCCUUCAUCAGCAAGGUGUAUUACCUGGAGCAGCAGAAUAAGAUGCUGGAGACGAAGCUGCGUCUGUUGCAGAACGGCCCUCAGGUUCAAUCCAACAUGGAGUCCGUGUUCAAGAUGUACAUCGGCAACUUGGAGUCUCAGCUCAAAACCUUGAACGCCAGCGGGGAGCACCUGAAAGCUGAGCUCCGGAGCUCUCGAUCGCUGGUGGAGGAGAACAAACAGAAGUAUGAAGAAGAGAUUAACAAGAGAUACAAGGCAGAAAAUGAUUUUGUGUCUGUCAAGAAGGAUGCUGAUGCUGGUUACUUUGGCAGAAUGAAUCUAGAGGAGGAGCGGUCUGAAAUUCAACAACAUUUGGAUUUCUAUAAGGCCUUGUAUGCAGAGGAAGUACGGGAGCUGAAGGAGCAGCUGAAGGACACCUCAGUGGUGGUUGAGAUGGAUAACAGCAGGCAGCUGAACAUGGAGCAGGUGGUGAAGGAGGUGAAGAAUCAGUAUGAAGAGGUCUCAGCUCGUAGCCGGCAGGAAGCCGAGGCCUGGUACCAGAAAAAGUUUGAGCUGGUAUCAUCACAGGUUGAGCAGCACAGCUCAGAGAUGAGGAGAGCCAAGAGUGAAAUCAGCGAGUUAAAGAGGCUGAUCACAAAGCUGCAGGGGGAUAUAACUAUGGUUAAAGCGGAGUGUAAGACCACGGAUGGGCGGAUUGAGGAGGCGGAGCAUCGCGGAGAGGAGGCGGUGUUUGGAGCUAAGCGUAACCUUAAAGAAUUGCAGGAGGCACAUCUGAAGGCCAAGCAGGACAUGGCCAGGCAGGUUCAUGAAUACCAGGACCUGAUGAACAUCAAAAUGGCACUGGACAUUGAAAUCGCCACCUACAAGAAACUUCUGGAAGGAGAAGAGAAGCGAACUGGUCCAGUUAUAUCUGUCCAGAGCAUCACAAAACCCAGUCAUCCUGAGCCUGUGGAUGUCAUCAUUUGCACCAAUGUCCUCAUUAAGAUGAUCGACACCAAGGACAAGAGUAUCAUCUCUGUGAAAGACUAAUUCAUCUUAAAAUGCUACGUUUCCACAUUUUACCCUUUGUCUCUUUGUCUCAUAUGUGAUUUGUUUGGAUGUCAUUUGGUUGUAAUAUUGAAGAAGCCGGGAAUCUAUUUUAAGAGAGAGAGAAUUGGUGUCAAUGUGAGUGAUCGAGUGGAUGACACAGCAAGAGCGGAAAUGAAAAAAAAAAUUUUUAACAGUUUUUUAUCUUUAUACAGUGGACCCUCAGCAACAUUUAGUGGGGGCUAAAAAUAGAACAGAGCACCCACGCCACUAAUCUGUCAACAAAAAAAAACAACCGAAAAAUCACCUAGAUUUUAAACACAUGCCAAAGGCAACAUUGGUAUCGUGGGUUGAUUCUUUCCAAACAGCUUUCACCGACUGAACAAAAAAGUUUUGAACGGCUCCCAGAAGUAUGCGCAACUUAGCCUGUGUUCAGUUCAGUUCAUUCGUAUGCCGAAAAUGCUUCAUAUGCCGAUGCAAAUUUCUUGCAAAAUUUCAAUUCUUAAGGGGAAAAUUCAUAAGGGAGGGCAUUCGUAUACCGAGGUUCCACUGUACAGCAUCAUGCAACACUGUUUUCUGUCUUAAUCCCAUUUCUUCACGUUUUCCACAUCUCUACAUCUCCGACACCACAACCAUAACCAUCUCAUCUUAACAUGUACAUAAUCUGCUCUCAGGCACAUGGAAAGUGAUGAAGCAGAUACACGGAAAAAUGAAGGCUAGAAGAACAUUUCUGGCAGUUUUAUUAGCUAACGUUUUAAAUGACCACCAUUUUAAAUACUUUUAAAAAAAAAACCUAACCAAAAACAUGGUACUGCAAACUGUGUUAGAAAUAACUUUUCAUUGAAAUAAUCUAAAUUUAUUUCUAGUUGAAAGACGAAAAUGCUAAUUAUAAUAAGGCACCUGGAUCACACUACAUCGUUUGUUUUUGUUUGCUGCAAGCUGAAUGUAUUUUGUUUUGGGGGUUUUUCCCCCACAGUGAAGCUCGGUGGCGUUAGCAUCAGUCGCUCACAAAAUGUUUUAAAGCUGCUGAAAUAAGCUGAAAGAAAGACAUUAACAAACUAGAAUUUAUCCCACAGAACAAAAGCGAGGAAACGAAUCAGUGAUUAUGCUUCAAUGUCAUCGUGAAAAUAAUGAGUUUAUUAUAGAGAGGAGAGGAGGAUGAGGCUCAUUCCAUGUGACUUUUACCUCAGGAGAUUUCUUUUGACUGUUUGCCAGUAUGGUUUGUUUUUACAGCUAACAUUUGCACUGUAUUUUGUAAUUAAAAAAGCAUUAAAAACUUUCCGCUACAAGCACACCUAUAUCUUCAGGUAGUGAACUAGCCGUCUUGCCUCUUCUCUCUUCUCUGUAGGCUUUGCCCCAAGGGGUUGUAGUGGCUUCAAAACUCAUUUUCACUUCUUAUGUUGUUCCACAAUAUCCAAAUUAUGACCUCAGGGCUUCAACCUCUGUGGAAGGUGAGUUGUAACAGAUAAAUUUAAAGUUUAUUGAAUUUUGUUCUGUGUUUUCUGUGGUAUCUUCCAUCUACAAAGGUGUUCAGCUCACAUCUAAUUUUACUGUACUUGGUUUCCUCCAGAUUUAUCCGUUUGCUGCCUCUAUGCUAAGAUUAGCAUUUAACCACGUCCAUCACAGCCAAGACUUUUAAAUGUAACACGACUGAUAAAAUGCUGCAAAGAUCCAUGUAGAUGUUCCAACCUUGUUCUACGUCUUUUACCACAAUUGCUUUAUGUAAGCAAAAAAAAAAAAAAAUCCAAAAAACUUCAUCUUAUCUGAUUGAUUGCUGUCAAUCAUAAUGACUGUAAUUGCAGACUGCAGAAUUGUCAUUCUUUGUUCAAACCCCAGAAUUUUUUCCCCCAUGAAAAUCUAGUUUGCUGGGAUUCCAGUACACACAGCUGGAAUGCAAAACCAAACCCCUUCGUGGUCUAAACUCAAACACUCAGUAUUCAUUGCGUUCUGUCACCUUGAGUAAAACUUUAACGUAAAGAAAAGUGACAUAACAUUGAAAAGAAUUACUCGAUUCUGAUGUGUAAAACAUUUCCAUAUGACAAAAAUAUAUUAGCAUGUAUUUGUAUGGUGUAGCAUUACAGUUUCUUUUGAAUGGUUUCCCUGAUUUUACUGACAAAUAUCCAGGUCAGUCUGAUGAUGUUCUGCCUUUACAUUUUUUGUUUUUAUUAUGUUUUUUUUUUGCUGAUCUGGAGAACAGAGUGCCCUUAUUUAUGCAAAUAGAUAAUGCUGGAACAUUCCUCAAAACCUAUAUCUCUCUUCAUAGUCAUUCAUAGUCGUUUUUGCUGAAACUUCUACAAUCUAUAGCUAACACCAAGGUCUAUCUUUCUUUUAUCCCAAGGUAAUAUCCCAGUGGAUAGUCAGUUACUUCCUUCAGGUAGCACAGCAGCCACAUGGUGAAUUUCAUCAUAUUCUCUAUGGCUUAACUGUGACAACCAGAAUCAAACACUUUUUAACCAGUUAAGAAAUUAUAUGUUUAAAAAAAAGUGUGAUGGUAUUGGCUUGAUAAAAUAAAUCUCACACAAUUGUC